AUGACCGACAAGCCAGCUCUGGCUCUUGGUGUUCCUGCAGUCGCUGGCCAGCCUCGUCCUCGUCCUCAAAGGCCCAACUACAGACAAAUUCAUCGCUUCCCUCUCCCAGUCCAAACCCACUCUGUUCCUUCCGUAAUUCCUCAUAAUCCCAUUUCUCUCAUUAGCGUUGCUCUCUCGUAUCUUACCUUCCUGUUUUCUCCACCACGUCAAGAAGUCUACAAUGCCUACUUCGACCCUGCCGUCUCAGCCAUCCACGUAACAGAUGAGAGAGCAAUCCGGGCGCUAUGGGAGAUGGGUUUCUUCGGCAAGGGCAGUUUGAGUCGAAGUGAACCGAGUUGGUUAGUCCGGGAGAAGGCCCGACGAGGCCAGCUAGGCGGCGAUACCAGCGAAGAGGCUACACGGAAACGCAGAGCUGAGCGCCGCGAACUGAAGCUAGAGAGAGCUCGUAUAGAUGAUUUAAUCAUCAAAGAGCGCACCAAGGCUGAAACCGCCGCCAGGGAAGCCGGCACUCCUUUGGAAUCAUCCGAGUCAUUGACGGUCACUAUGGAAAAGUUUUCAGUGAAGAGGGCCAUGGAUGCCAAAUACCAGGAGCUUCUACGGCAGCGGACAGCCGAAGCCGAAACGAAUGGAACUGCCAAUGGCAAUUCUGUCCCUUUGCAAGGCCAAGUUGAAGCUGUGCGUUCAAAUGGUAAGACGGUUAGGUUCUCUCCCGUCGUGCGUGCGAGGAGGUUUUCCACCGAAGUCGAUGAUGAAGAUCUCGAGCUAGAGUUGGAAUUGGAACCUGAGAAUGAGGAGCACUUGGAACUUUCCAAAGAAGAGGCUCUGUUCUUGGUAUAUGGUCUUGGUGCAUUACAGCUCGUUGACAUGAAUAAUGUUGCGAUCCCGUUAUCCUCUCUCAUUCCCCUGCUCUGUCACCACUCCUAUUCUCCUCCACGAGAGUUGUCAUAUGACAUCCAACCAGACGACCCUUUCCUGACCUCCUAUGUCGUCUAUCACCACUUCCGUUCCUUGGAUGGGGGUCCAGUGUUCUCGCAUGCAGAGUUUGCGGUCAUCAUCGUACCCGCCUAUGAGCAUCCCUACUGGUCUGAGACACAGGAGCGCAAGGAAUAUGUAGCUCGGAAGCAAGAUCGGAGUUGGUGGUGGCUGCACUGCGUGAAUCGUGUCCAAGCCAGUGUCAAGAAGACUCUGGUCAUCUGUUAUGUGGAAGUCCCGCCCCCAUCGUCUUCUUACGAUGAUGUUGGUGCUAUGCUCGGUCGCUACCGAAUCAAAGCCUCAGAUUGGGCAGUACUCUCUCGCAAUUGGUCGAUAUUGGAGACGAUGGAGUGGACGGAAACCCAAGACAGUAUCGACAUUGCCGCGCUGCAACGCGUCGCGUUGGGACUAGAGCACGACCCAACGCUGCCAAUUGUUCCCGAGCCAGUGACUGGCAUCUCCCACCUCGAAACUGACCACCGCCCUGCAGCAUUUCCGUAUGCUUCGCCCUCCGGCCUAGAACCUUCCUCUCCGUCGCUACCGACUCCUCCCAGCGUCCCCAGAACGCUCCACUCCUCCGCCCAGCACUAUGCAGAGAAAUCGUCAAACCCCCACACCAAUUUAAAGGAAGUCAACGAGACGAACUUAAUGUCUGGACCACAAGCGGGCCCAAUGGGCUCCGCCGAGGCUCUUCCUAGUGACACCCAACCGGUCUCGCAAUCGGUAUAUGACAGUAUUAUCCGCCAGAAUGUAUCUGCAUUUGGAGGCGCUUCACAAAAUGGUGCAGACGCGGCAACCCUCAUGACAUUACAUGAAGGGGAUAGUGGGCAUAUCGAUCUCCUUGCCGGCUUCGAGAGUAAUCAUCACGAAGAGAAUGGAAGCUUAGCACCUGAUGAAGAAAGCAACUACGACCAGAGCGAAUCCUCCCCGAUGGCAUUCCAACCCGAAUUGUUUCCAGAAUCGCAGCGAUUCAUGGCGCAAACGCCCGGCACCGUGAUGAAGAAGCCCCCAACCCCCCAGUACUGCCAGAACACCAAGCUUCUCACGGAACCCUUUGGCGGGAGAGGUUGA